UACCUACUGCAUCUGGAACAUACGUGCACUGCAAGGAACUCUUCAAAAUGGAAGAAUUCAGUGAACUACAGCCCAGCACGCUGCGCACUAUUCUGGAACGCGAUACGUUGUUUGCCAACGAAAACCUCAUUUGUGUGGCUGUGGAUCGAUGGGCGGUAGCUGCUUGUACUCGGGGCAAUUUGGAGCCCACACCCGCUAACCGGCGUGAGGUCCUGGGAGAAAUGUUCUACCUGAUCCGAUUUCCAGUCAUGACUGUCAUGCAAGUGGCCGACUUACCUGCAGAUAAUGGAUUGUUGGAGGCAUCGGCGUUAGUGGAGAUGCGGCACCAUAAACAUCGCUUCCCCACACGUCCCCGCCGGCUCCCGGUGAUUCGCAUCGGCAGCAGGACUUCCGGCACAAGGAAGAGAUCUUUUCAAACGGCAGCCAAACUGGCGUCCGGCUGCUGUGAUCGGAAAACGUGGAUCCUCAGUCUUUAUCCGCUCUAA